AUGACAAUCAUUAAUGAGCACGAUUUUCCUCCACUCCCUCGAACAGAUGCAAAGCAAAAGGAAGCAGAUGAAAUAUGCCGUCUCCGCGAACAAGAACCGGGCACUACGCUCCACGAUUUACCUGACGAAUUAAUUCUCGAGAUAUCGGAGCAUCUCCGCAGGAUGGAACGUAAACUUCACCGAGCUCGAACACUUCUCAAUUUCGCACUCACUAGCCGUCGUCUCUACCGAAUCAUAACCGAAAUGGUUUAUGCGCGGUUUAGCAACACCUAUGGCGAGCCCUACCUUUUCCUCCGUACCAUGAUUUCGAAUCCACAACUCGCACGAUUGGUACGCGACGUAGACAUUACAAUCGAGUAUGAGACGCGCGCCGUUGGACCUCACACACCAACGGCACAGGACAAGAAGGUGAUCAAAGAAGGAUUGCGGGCACUGGACAUACCGUAUUGGAAAGACUGUGCGACUGAUUGCUACGGAAGUACUGAAAAAGACCAUGGUGUAAUGCGGAAUAGCACAAUCCUACUGUUCACACCGAACGUUACGUCUAUUCGUAUCGAAUGUUCCUACGAAUACGAAACUCCAUGUCCCGUGUGGGUAGCCUUCAUCAGCAGAGCCGUCAUGGGUAGAUUUGGAAACGCACAUGGCUUUGAGCGGUUACGGUCAAUCACUAUUGUCAUGUCACUCACAGAUGUGAUCGCUGUUUCGCCCCUGUUCCACAUACAGUCAUUACGCACGUUACAGUUGCACAGAGUCCGGGAAUGCAGUGAGUACGACGACCAACUACAGCCUAAUUACGAUGAGGAGAAUAUUCGAAAAAUUCAACGCCUCAUCCCACAGGCCUGUAACAACCUUGAGGAACUCGUGGUAGAGAAUAUUUUCUACACCGAAGACUGUUUAGAAGCCUUGAUCGCAUCGUCACGGCGCCUAAAGGUUUUCAAAACCAGGGCCGCCACCUCGAAUUUACUACCAGAAAGCAGACGACUGCCAACAUCCAAAUCCAAGACUGUAAUUGGGAUGUUGGGCCGACAUAAAACAUCCCUUGAAACUCUUCAUGUUGAUCGCGAUGACGAGACCGAUAGAGACUUUCCUGACAAGGCUCAUGUUCGCAAUAACAUGAAGGCAUUCACGUCUCUCAAAGAACUCAGUUGCCCUCUAGCUGCGAUAAUGACGGGGAAAAAAGAUAGAUUUGUGGAGCGAUUACCCCCGUCGCUGGUGACAUUCCGGACGCAUUUCAGAAAUCGUACAUGCGACUUGGAUUGGAUUGGGGGCUUGGAGCACAUGCUAGCCAACUAUGAGGCUCAUAUACCCCAAUUGUGCGAGCUCAGAGUUGAAACCCCAUAUUACUCUCAAUCAGAGUACAAAGAGACCGUGAAAAGGCUUGCUCGACCAUCCGCGAAAGCAGGUAUCGUGUUUUCACAUGCAAUAAGACACUACGAAUAUUGGCAUGACCCAGAAGAUACUGUGUCUGAGUCUUCUGAAUCUUCUGAUGAUGUCAGCAUGUCUAGCGAUGAGGAUCGAGGCUGA